CCACGGACAGACUGGAGAACUUUAGAGUAGCCACCCAUCCUGUCUCUGGAGGAAACCCUGGUAGUUUGUCCCACAGCUGUCUGAGGGAGAGGGCGGCUUAUUUUACUGAGUUUCUGUUUGUUUUUUUCUUUCUGAAGCACGGAAACAACUCAGAAGCCCUAUCGUUGUGUUUCCCAUAUGUCGCGAAAGCAGGUCGACCAUGACUACAACCUUCGUAGUAUGAGCAACCUGAUGGGCGAGCGGUGGAAGAAAGUCAACGAUGGAGGAGAGCGGAGUCUCAUCAAGGCUCCGUCCAACGCCAGCAUCAGCAGCCAGGGCGCCUCUGCCGUGGCUUCCACCGCCACUGCCCCGCCGGCACCCUCCUCUAACACGGGGGACCUGGAGAGGGCUGCCCGCAAGCAGUUCCAGCAGGAUGUCACGCCCGGCUUCGUCUACGUCCUGGCUGCCUUCUCCGCCCUGGGGGGCUUCCUGUUCGGCUACGACACCGGGGUGAUCUCCGGGGCGAUGCUCCUGCUGAAGAGGGAGCUGGACCUGAGCGCCCUGUGGCAGGAGCUGCUCAUAUCAAGUACUGUGGCUGCAGCCGCCCUGGCAGCCCUGCUGGGCGGCUUCCUCAACGGGCUCUUCGGGCGCAGAGUGUGCAUUCUGCUGGCCAGCUUCUUCUUCACUGUCGGGGGGAUCGUCCUGAGUACCGCACCCGGCAAGGAGGUUCUCCUGACGGGCAGACUCAUGGUUGGAGUUGGUCUAGGCAUCGCCUCCAUGACAGUUCCAGUGUACAUCGCUGAGGCCUCUCCUCCACACCUCAGGGGUCAGCUGGUGACUGUUAACACCCUCUUCAUCACCGGAGGACAGUUCACCGCCAGCCUCAUCGAUGGCGCCUUCAGCUACAUGCAGCGCGACGGUUGGAGGUACAUGCUGGGUCUGUCUGUGCUUCCUGCGGUGCUUCAGUUUAUCGGUUUCCUUUUCCUACCGGAGAGCCCUCGCUGGUUAAUCCAGUGUGGACUGACGCAGAAGGCCCGCCGCGUGCUCAGUCAGAUCCGAGGCAACCAGAACAUUGACGAGGAGUAUGACAGCAUCAAGAACAGCAUCGAUGAAGAGGACAGUGGAGGAGAAGGACCAGUGAUCUGGCGAAUGCUGACCUACCCCCCCACUCGUCGUGCCCUGGUUGUCGGCUGUGGUCUUCAGAUGUUCCAGCAGCUUUCUGGAAUCAACACGGUCAUGUACUAUAGCGCCACCAUUCUGCAGAUGUCAGGAAUACGAGACGACAGGCUUGCGAUCUGGCUAGCUGGACUCACCACUCUCACCAACUUCCUGUUUACCCUGCUGGGAGUGUGGCUGGUGGACAGAGUUGGACGCAGGAAGCUGACUUUGGGCAGUAUAAUAGGUACAUGUGUGAGCUUGAGUCUCCUGGCCAUCGGUUUUCUGAUAUCAGCCCAGCACAGUCCUCCUAUCACCUUCCACCCGUUAGAGCCUUCUUUGGCCAACACGACCUGCUCCAAAUACCAGCUGUGUGAACCCUGCAUGCUGGACCCGGGUUGUGGUUUCUGCUACCGUGAGAACAGCUCGGCGCUCAUCACUUCCUCCUGUGUUCCAGUCAAUAAGGCCACCACUGAGCAGGCGGCAUGGGGCAGAUGCUCCAACUCCAGCCUGAUGAAAGAUCAGACUUACUGGGCCUACAACUACUGCCCCACCUCCUACUCCUGGCUGGUGUUACUGGGUCUGGUGUUCUACCUGGCUGCCUUUGCUCCAGGGAUGGGUCCCAUGCCAUGGACCAUCAACUCAGAGAUCUACCCUCUGUGGGCGAGGAGCACGGGGAAUGCUUGUGCUGCUGGAGUUAACUGGACAUUCAACAUCUUGGUGUCUCUCACUUUUCUCCACUUGGCGCAGUACUUCACUUACUACGGAGCUUUCUUCCUGUACUCCUGCUUGGCUUUGCUUGGUUUCAUCUUCAUAUUCGGGUGCCUGCCAGAGACAAAAGGCAGGCGUCUGGAGGAAGUCGAGGCCCUGUUUGAAAACCAGCUUUGCUCCUGCGGCGCGUCAGACUCAGAUGAGGGACGGCAGGUGGAAUAUAUAAGAGUCAAAGGUUCAAACUACCAUCUAUCAGACAAUGAUGCAUCUGAUGUGGACUAGAGGGGGGUUGAGUUUGGAGAUAUUCUGAGUGUUUGAUUCACUUUGGUGAUAACUGGAACAUGCCUAUUGUGCAAGAUUGUUUUUUCUUUUUCUGUGUCAGCUGAGAGAGCAGCGGUUACUCUAACUAUGAGCUACAGAGUCAGUUUAUAAGGCCUUUUGCUUGUUUCAGGAAAGUGGGUUCACUUUUAAUUCAGGAAUUCAAAUCAAUGACAGUGUUAAUCGUUGGAGGAAUGACUGUGAAGUGUAUGUAGUUUAUAGUCUGUUCUGUAAAUUGAGGACUAAUUUAACUCCACAGUCUGUGUCAGCAUACACACCAAAUAUCUCCAUCAUGAAAACAUAAGGCCAACUAUGAGCGUGUCUUUUUUGUGGACACUCACACAGGAAACAUGACUGUUGAAAAACAUGUACAAAACAGACACUUCCCUCUCCUUGUGGUCGCUGCUGAGAACCCUCUCUAUGAUGAUGCUGUACAUACACUAUAGGAGUUUAAACUUGACACAGUCAUCCUUGUAUUCAUGUUUCCAUUGAGAGCUCCGUCUAAAAGUGUUGGUACAUGCAGUAUUUUAAAACCAGGUCUGUGCAUCCACAGACCUGAACUACCAUUAUGCCUUUCUAUAUGAAAACACAUCUCAGUUAAAUGUUCCUUCUGGCGUAGCUAUCUGUCGAUAGUCAAAGUUUAUGAUAUUUUUAAUGAAAUGCAAACACCAGACAUGUACAGUGUCCAGUUCAGGUUAAGGAAACUUGAAAAGUUAGUUGGUGCCUAAGCAAAAGUACUCAUCAAUUUAGUAGCACUGAAAGAAAUCGAGUCGGUUGUUUUGGUUUACUUUUGACUCAUUCCUCUAUUUAAAGGUUUCAUUUGUAUGCUAGGCUGCAACAAAUUAAUCUAGCAUAGCUUUACAAGUAUUACUAGUAUUUUUAGUAUUAAAGAGUUCCUUUAUCACCUUAAUGAGUUGCCAAAACCAUCAUGAACCUAUGCCAUAGAGCUGUAUGCAUAAUGACUGAUUUCAUGAUAGGUUGUUGUUAUUGCAGGAUAAUAUCCAGCUAAGAAAGCAGUGACUAAAACCUUUUUUAUGGUUAAUAACUGUAUUUUCGGUAUUUCGUUACACCUAGAACAUUAUAAUAUUAGUGCCUGUGUAUUGUGAAGGUGCCUAAUGGCUGUUUUAGAGUCCAGAUCCCUGGAGUGGAUGUGUUAUGGUAUGUCAUGUAUGUUAUGACACUUGGUUCUACAUAGCUUUUUAUUUAUUUGACAUGUACAGAACUUGUAGCUUUAUGUGUGAUGAAGUAUUUUGUACUGUUGUUUUAUGUAUUUGAAUUUUUGUCUUCCUCCAUAGCCUUAUGUACAAAUAGCAAAGCAUAUCUUUUUAUGUGGUUCUGGUGUCAAAGUCAAGGAGUAAGCUUUAGAGUAAUCUGCAGUGUUGUUUAGUAAAUUUGUAGAACUGUGAGGUAACAUCUGUUAGUCAGAUUCACAUAAGUUUUUGUGUAGCAAAAACUGUUGAAGUAGACGAUGUAGUACCAUUGUGUAAUAAAGAAUAGAAAAAUAUGGCGUCAUGGCUGAGCUAUAACUGCGUCCAUGGGCAUA